GAUCAGCUUUUUAAUAUUAUCAUGUUCAGCUGCAUUAGUUAGAGCUGGAGGGUUAUGAACACCCGAUAACUAGGAUUUCGUGCAUAUAUCAGUUGACAUAGUUUGAGUACUUCAGAUUAUACAAAUAUUGCUAUUUUCAAGAACAUUACUAUAUUGAGCAUAUAUAUAUCAUUUUUCAGUGUCGUUUAGUUGGAAGUGGUACUUAGCACCGAGUGAACGCUGGGAUGAAGGUUCACCCAUCAAUUAGGACUGAGACCUUUAGUAGAAGUCCCUAAGUUUUAGAACUAUGAUGCCAUCGUAGGUUAUGAGGGGUCACCCUUCAGUUAGGACUGAUACCCUAGUCCUUCAGGACAUCAGUUUAGUAAAUCCACACCAACCAGUAUUGGUACCUUCGGUAAGGCACUGACACCUUUCCAACUGGGGUUAUAGGUUAGACCCUAAUUUGCUCGGAUUAAGGUAUGCUGAUUGUUGUUAGCUCCCUCAGUUUAUGUUUUAAUUUAUGUUCCAUUCAGAUUUGCAUGACUUUGUAUUUAGCUAUUCAGAUAUGCAGUUUUCAUUCAGUACAUGAUAAUACUUGGUUUUGCAUUCAGUUUACCAUGUUUCAUGCAUGCAUGUUCAACUUAUAUUUAGUUAGUUCUCUCAUCUCGUAUACUCAGUACAUUCAAAGUACUGGUUGCAUACUUUCUUUGCUAUAUUAUCUCAUAAUAUAGGUUCAGACGCUCAGUACCCAGAUCGCUCUAAGCACGUUCCCGUACUACCCAACAGUAGUCAUUAGUGAGUCCUCAUCAUGCGAUGGCUUUUUUGAGUCUACUUUCAGUUUUGGUUAGUUGGAGUUAGUUGGGGGUUUGUCCCAACAACUCAUUAUGAUUUAGAGGCUUUCAGGCAGAUGUUUAAAUUUUCAACAUAAGUGAUUAUCUGACAGUUUUAUUUCCAGUUUUGGUCGAUAUUUAAUUUUACAAUAUUAUGAUUUCCACCAGUUAUUUCAAUUUAGAUUCCGACAAAUUUUUGUUACUUUUUUAGUAUACUUAGAGUUAUACCAGACCAUAGGUUAGCUUGGGUCACUUGUGACUCUAAUCAUCAUGUUAUGACUAGGGGUAGUCUCGGGUUUUGACAAGAAACCUCUAAUAUGGUCCAGACUCAUAGCCUGAUCUGACUGAAUAGUGUGGCUAACUGGGUCUCUGUUUGUGUGAGGCGAUCAGUCAAUUCCUUUUUCGCUCUACCAUCUGCUGCAAUAACUUUUGAGGUACACUCAUAAAACCAACAACUGACGAGCGAGGGGGCAAAGUGGAAGUCGCGCCUGGUGCUAAAGUAGAAGUCGAGGCUGGUGUUGAUAAUUGCAUCAGAAAAUCUAGAAAACCUAUCCAAAAUAAAGUAGAAAAAUAAGGUUGGCAUCAACCUACACUCUACUUACAGGCCAUAUGUAGUACCUAUGGGCCCUAGGUGGGUUUGUAGGAAUCAAAGACAGUAUCAUGCAACUUUCAUAUGACCUACCUAUGGGGUACCUACGGGGCCGUAGGUCCCACCAAUGCCUAGUAGGUGACCUUCGUGGAAAUCAGAGAUGGAACCAACUUUCAAAAUCUCAAAUCCACAACCUACGAGCCCAUAGGUACUACCUAUGGCAUGUAGGUGGGUCUCGUAAGUAGCCUUUCAGCUACACUUCAUCUCUUUUUCUCCUACUCUGCUUCGAAACCUGUUUUCUUGCAAAACCAGCAUAACAACACAUCAUAUUUAACAAAAAGACCUAAGUACUUGCAUAAUUUCUCUAUUUUAAGCAUCGAAAGUGCCAUAAAACUAUGGCAGAUCAGCCCUCCCCCCGACGGAGCGGCUAAAGAGAAAUAAAGAAUAGUCUUUGUUUAGAAAAUUCAUGGAUUAAACUCUCAAGAUUUUAUGAAAGCAAUUAGAACUCUAGUUCAUCAUAAAAUACAUAAUACGCUUUAAGGAAUCGAAGGCUUAAGAGAUUUGUGAUUCAAGUUAGUUCUACAUACUUUUGGGAAAGAGGUUGGAGAAGACCUUUGUUGAUUUAGGAGCCCUAGCUUGAUUUUUGCGUGAACAUAUUAAAGGUUUGAGAGAAGGGGAAGAGUUUUGAAUUGAUAAUCUAAGGAUAUUUGACAAAUUGGAGCGCAUAUAGAAUUGGAGGGACAAUUCCUAAAAGAAAAAAAGAUCAAAACACCCUUAAAAUAUCAAGGUUUUCAAAAUUUCACCUCCGAAGGGGGUGUCUCCAAACACGCAACACCCACCUCCCUGGCACACAAUCCAUAGAUAGUGAGCUCAUUCUUUGUAGCACGAACCCCAAUGCGCAAGCCUUCCCAAUGCAAUACCCAGGUUUUAAUCACGCUAAAACUUUUCCUUACGUCCCUUAAACCCAACCUAAACAUUUUUGAAUCGAUAUAAAGGUCAUCUAAGUCCAUUUUUAAGCUUUAUAAAUCAUAAUUAGGCACAUUAACCCUCAAAUAUUUUUGAGUGUUACAAUUACCAGAUAGUUACCUAAAGUAGAUCCUAAAUAAAUGUCAAAUACAUAACGGGCCGAAACAUCUAUUGAGACGUCAGACGGAUAAAUAUGAAGGAAACAUGAAAAUUAGUCCUUUUCAUAUAUUAGGUAAAGAUCAGAGGAAAGGAAAGAGCAGCCAAAUUCCUGUGGAUAGCAUAGUAAUGGGCAUUAUACACCAAUUCCGAGAACUCGCCGGGAAACUUUUUUCCAACCGGAGACCUCAACAACAGAAACCAUCAGAUGAGUACAGUGGCCGCGUUGCAUCUCCGGUAACGAAAACCAGCAGUCCCGUUCCCGUCAAUUAUGACGGAGCUCAAUCAGAUGAGUACGUUUUUUACCCUGAUGGCCGGGAGAAGAUUAGUGAUAUUCUCUGCAAGCUUCGGAAAUUCGCUAUUGUCUCUGCCGUUGACGAGUCUCUCAAAACCGUCGCAGGUGGGAGUAAAAUCGUAAAGGAAGGAUCAAAGGAUCAAUCGCCUUCACGUCCUAAACUUGACAGACAAGAUUUAACUGUUAUGAUGGAGGAGAUGCAAGCAAAGAUGGAGAAACUUCAGGAUGACGUGAACAACAUGAAGCAGCAAAAUGAGGCGUCAGCUAAGUGUGCCAACGGAUUGGAUUCCUUUGAGUCCUCUGAUGAGCCUAUCAAGCGUUCAACGCCUACAAAAUCUAAUCCAAAAAAGGUUUUAAUUCGUUCUCGGAUGUAGAAAGCAGUAAAAUCUUGGCAAUGAGGAAUUUCUGCACUUUCAUCUUCCUUGACAAUAUAGGUUCUGCUUCUGUAAUUUUCUUGUGAUUUGUAUUGUAGCUGUAUAAUACAUGUAUCAAAUGAUCAUAUAGAAGUAUUAAAACUGGUAUUGAGAUGUGCGAA